AUGGCUGAACCCUCCAAGGUCAUUCAUGUUCGAAAUGUUGGUCAUGAGAUAUCUGAAAAUGAUUUGCUUCAACUAUUUCAACCUUUUGGAGUCAUAACAAAGCUUGUGAUGUUACGUGCUAAAAAUCAGGCUCUUCUCCAAAUGCAAGAAAUUCCUUCUGCAGUUAGUGCUAUACAGUUCUAUGAAAAUGCUCAACCAAACAUAAGGGGGAGAAAUGUUUAUGUUCAGUUUUCCUCUCAUCAAGAACUGACGACAAUGGAUCAAAAUCAAGGACGAGAAGACGAGCCAAAUCGAAUUCUCUUAGUCACGGUUCAUCAAAUGCUCUAUCCUAUAACAGUGGAUGUGCUACAACAAGUAUUCUCUCCCCAUGGAUAUGUGGAAAAGGUUGUAACAUUUCAGAAGUCAGCUGGCUUUCAAGCUCUCAUCCAGUAUGAAACUCGUCAAAGUGCCAUAACUGCCAGAACUGCACUUCAGGGACGCAAUAUUUAUGACGGUUGCUGUCAGCUGGACAUUCAAUUCUCAAACCUUGAUGAACUACAAGUGAACUACAAUAAUGAUCGUUCAAGGGACUUUACAAACCCAAAUCUGCCUACAGAGCAGAAAGGCCGACCUUCACAAUCUGGAUAUGGCGAUGCAGGAAUGUAUGGGGUUCAAGGUCCUGGACCCAGAUCAGCUGGAUUCUCGCAGAUGGGCAAUGCUGCAGCUGUUGCCGCUGCUUUCGGGGGAGAUUUUCCUCCUGGAAUAACUGGAACAAAUGACAGGUGUACAAUUCUCGUCACUAAUCUCAAUCCUGAUAGAAUCGACGAGGAUAAACUGUUCAACUUGUUCUCCAUUUAUGGGAACAUUGUCAGAAUCAAAAUUCUCCGGAAUAAACCAGAUCAUGCACUUGUUCAGAUGGGGGAUGGUUUCCAAGCCGAAUUGGCAGUGUAUUUUCUGAAGGGAACCAUGCUAUUUGGAAAGCGAAUGGAGGUGAACUUCUCAAAGCAUCCAAACAUAACCCAAGGUGCUGAUACACACGAAUACAUAAGCUCAAAUCUCAACCGAUUCAACCGAAAUGCUGCUAAAAACUAUCGGUAUUGCUGCUCGCCGACAAGGAUCAUCCACUUGUCCUCCCUCCCACAAGACAUUAAUGAAGAGGAGAUUGCAAGUCUUUUACAGGAGCAUGGAAUCAUCGUCAACUGCAAAGUCUUCGAGAUGAAUGGGAAAAAGCAGGCUCUUGUUCAAUUCGAGAGCGAGGAAGAGGCAACUGAAGCCCUUGUAUGCAAGCAUGCAACUCCACUUUCCGGCUCCGUGGUUCGUAUCUCCUUUUCGCAGUUGCAGAAUAUAUGA